CUCCGGCCGCUGGUAGCGCCGGGAUCGCCAGUGGUGGUCCUCCUGGUGAGCGUGCUGUGAGGGGAGGCGUAAAAUCUAGCGGGCGAGGGUUUAUAUAGGUUAUUAUAUUAUUAUAUAUUAUAGAGUAGACUUAACAUACGUCUCUAAAAAGCCAGGGAACGUACUUGACUGAAACAAACGCUAUAAAAAAACCUCACAAUUCUUCAUUGCUCUAGAAUAUCUGGGUUUGAGGUGUAGAUUUGAUGGCUUAAUUGAAAAAGUUUUCCAAAGCGUGACAGGCAAUGUAUAUGAAAGUGAUUAUAUUACCUUUAUCUCAGUAGCUUUUCUGGUCAAGAGCAGAAACCUCAGGAAAAAUUCCCUCACAGAAAGGGUUAUCAAGCAUUGGAGCAGGCUGCCCGGGGAAGCAGUGGAGUGUCUCUGGAGAUGCACCAGGAGUGUUAUCAAACAUUAUGGAACGAUACACGGAUCAUGAGCUGGAGGAGAUGCUGACUUUUCAGAGGCUGAGAUCUUUCAGAGUCACAGGGACUCUUGGCAGAACCUGUUGCUAUCACCACCUCACCCAGAGUCCUGCACCAGGAAAAGAAAAGAAAAAGAAAAGGAAAAGAAGAAGAAAAGUCAACAGAACAGACUGGAGACUGACUGGCCAGGGAGAAGCUUCUGCUGAGAAGGACCUAGAAGGUCCUUGUAGAUGCUAAACUGCUGUGACCGGCAGCAUGAAAGGCCAAGAGCAUCCUGGGUUAUAUCAAGAGGAGUACAGCCGGCAGAUCAAGCCCAGCAUUCUCCUUUGAGGUAUUGGUUCUUCUUUGCCUAUGGAUUCCUCCUCCGUAAAAAACAUGUCCACACCUGAAGACUUCUCCCAGCUGGCUAUGCAGAAAGUGAGUUUACGCAAGACACAGAAACAGCUAAAGAAGGUGAGGUCACUGAGAACUGCCAGUCAUGCGUGUGUGAAGAAGUUAACACUGAGGAAGGAGAUGGUGAUGACGACAACGAUGAUGAAGAGGAAGAUGAAGACUGGGAUUGGGAUGAUGAGGUGGGAAGACUCACGAAGCGCCACAAUGCUGCUGGUGGAUGCAAUCCACAGGCAAACAGACAGACCCCUAGUUGCUAUUCAGCAAAAAUGUCUACCCCUACAGACAAGGCUUUAAGGAAAUUUGAGCAUAAAAUUAAUUUAGAUAAGCUGAAUUUUGAUGACUCUGUUAUAAACCGAGUCACAGAAAAGUCUAGACAGAAGGAAGCAGACAUGUACCGAGUCAAAGAUAAGUCAGACAGAGCAACAGUAGAACAGGUGUUGGAUCCAAGGACCCGAAUGAUUCUGUUCAAGAUGCUAAGUAGAGGUGUCAUUUCAGAAAUCAAUGGCUGCAUCAGCACAGGGAAAGAAGCUAACGUGUAUCAUGCCAGUACUUCGAAUGGAGAGAACAGAGCAAUAAAGAUCUACAAAACCUCUAUUCUGAUGUUUAAAGAUCGGGAUAAGUACGUGAGUGGUGAAUUCAGAUUUCGUCAUGGAUAUUGCAAAGGGAAUCCAAGAAAAAUGGUGAAGACAUGGGCUGAAAAAGAAAUGAGGAAUUUAAUAAGGUUGAAUACAGCUCAGAUACCUUGCCCAGAGCCGGUUAUGCUAAGAAGUCAUGUGCUUCUCAUGGGCUUUAUUGGUAAAGGUGAUAGGCCUGCUCCUCUGCUGAAGAAUGCCCAGUUAUCUGACUCCAAGGUCCGGGAGCUGUACCUGCAAAUCAUCCAGUACAUGAGAAGAAUGUACCAAGAUGCUAGACUUGUUCACGCAGAUCUCAGUGAAUUUAAUAUGCUGUACCACAGCGGGGACGUGUACAUCAUUGAUGUGUCUCAGGCUGUGGAGCACGACCACCCACAUGCACUGGAGUUCCUGCGAAAGGAUUGUGCCAACGUUAACGACUUUUUUCAGAAGCGCAAUGUUGCAGUGAUGACUGUGAGAGAGCUGUUUGAGUUUAUUACUGAUCCUUCCAUCACAAGUGAGAACAUUGAUGACUAUCUGUCUAAGGCAAUGGAAAUAGCAUCAAAAAGAACAGAGGAAGAAAGAUCCAGUCAAGAUAAAGUGGAUGAGGAAGUGUUUAAGAAGGCUUACAUACCUCGAACUUUGACUGAAGUCAAAAACUACGAGAGAGAUGUGGAUAUAAUGAUGAAAUUGAAAGAAGAGGAUAUGGCAUUGAAUGUUCAGCAAGAUAAUAUUCUCUACCAGACUGUGACAGGACUGAAGAAGGAUUUGUCUGGUGUUCAGAAGAUUCCUGCACUUCUUGAAAAGGCGGCAGAUGAGUCAGAAACAGACUCUGAUGAGGAUGAUGGCAGCUCAGAGGACUCUGAUUCGGGCUGUAAAGAAUCUGUACAUCCCAAAGAUAAACCUGCUGAAGUUAGUGUGGACAAAAAGGAAAGGAAAAAGAUGGUUAAAGAAGCUCAAAGAGAGAAAAGAAAAAACAAAAUCCCAAAGCACGUGAAGAAGCGGAAAGAAAAGACUGCAAAAAUGAAGAAAGGCAAAUAAAACCAGCUUUGGCUUGGGGAAAGGGAUAGUUUGUUGUGGGUUAUUUAGUCACUAUAUUUUCUUCUUUUAAUUAAAAAUCCUUUAUUUAUAUACAUACAA